UCCGGCCCAGGCGCCCAGGGGCCGGGGCCGGGGGCGCGCGGCUCGGACCCCCGGCCCGGGCGGCGGCGCGCGCGGAGGAAGGGCGACCCGGGUGGCAAGCGCAGCGGCGGCUUCUCCCGGCUCCGCGUCCGGCGCACGGCGAGGGGCGCGGGGCUCUGGGCGCGGGGGUGGCGGGGGCUCUGCGCGGGGCUGGGCUGGGCUGGCCCGCUCCGGCGCCGGGGACCACGCGCGACUGGUUAGAUCUUGUCGUGAUCUCUGGAAAACUGUGACUAUCUCACAUGUCCUGCCCUGCUCGGAUCCCCUGCGCUAACGAGCCAGGCCCCCCUUGAUUGCUGAUUUUACGCUUUUUGGACCAAUUGUGGGUCUCCGGGGGCGGGGUUUUGACAGCUCAAGCCAAGCUCCGGCCGGGAGGGGGGCCCGGGGAGAAGGUGUCGGAAGCCUCAGCAGUAAGAAAACAUGUCAACAGAAUAAAAUAUUAACCAAUGACGGGCCAGCGGGCCCCGAGACCCCUCCCCCUGCCCCGGCCCCCACCCCGCAGCCCGCGCCCGCCGCUGCCUGCGCCCGGACGGGAAAGCGCGGCGGGGCGACCCGACCCGCCGAAAGGGCCUGAGGCGGGGGGCGCCCGGGUCCCAGGGCCCUGGGGAAGGACCCCCAGCCGCACGCCGGCUCCAAGUGCAAAGCAUUGACAUGGCCCCGAGAGGAGAGGGGGCGCCCUCCUUCUCCCUCGCCCGGCGGCCCGGCCGCUCUGGCCCGCGCCCCAGCUUGGCCUCCGACCCGGCUCUCCGCUGCGGCGCCGCCCGGGGCCCCUGCACUCCGGCGGGGGCUGGAAAGAGAGGCCGGUGGGCGGGCGAGUCGGGAGGCGCGGGCGGCCGAGGUUCUGGAGCCGAACCCAGGUGGCGGGAGCCGGCCACCCCCAAAGCACAGAAGCUGCCCAGCUGUAGCAGCCACAGAAUGGGAUGGGAGAAUCUGUGCUGCCCUACUUCAGAGCAGGCGCCUGGACCCAGGAGUGAGGGGCCUUCAGGCGCACCAGCCACAUCUGGAACCUCGACACUGGAACCUCUCAGUAGAUAGGGGGCAGUGGAAGGAGGAGGCUGUGGACACAGGCUAUGGCCCGAUGAUGGUCUCAAUCUCCAAGAGGCACUGGCUUCCCUGUUGGGCCAGAGACCCUGGAUAUGUCAAGAGUUAUCUAGAUUAUGGACAGAAAACAAGGCAGGUGGCUACCGCAUGAGCUCUGUCUUCCCUGCUCGUUCUCUGGUCUCACCCUAAUUUGGGAGUACAGACCCUGUGCCAAGAGAGGGAGAAGAUGGGAAAGCAAAGAACAGACCCUGGGAUUUCUACAUGGAAGUGUCAGACUCCAAGAAAUCUUCCUUCGUUCCUUUCUUUGCCCACAAGCAAGCCAAGGAGUGUGUGGGAUCCCGGAGGCCCCGUUUGAUUUCCGAGACCCUUGCCCUCAUGCACAGCCGUCCUGGCACUAGGGGGCGCUGACAGCAGGGCCAGGAGGGCAGGAGAGAGGCGCACUGGCAGGAGCAAGGAAAGCAGGGGCUUCCUCAGGAUCUGGACACCAGGUCCAAGCAAGAAAGCCCCAGAUGAAGGAGCAGGAAAGGCCACUAGAAUGGGAGAGGCUGGCCCCUUUCCAGAGCUGGGGGACAGGCCCAGAGUUCUUGAUGCAGAGUGCCGACACAUCCACGCUGCCAAGGAGGCGGAGGAGACUGGAGCCCAGAACCAAGCACAGCACCCCCGCUGCCCCUUGGCACAGGCCCAGGGCAACCCCCUCAGCAGUCUCAGUGGCCCCACUCCGUAAGUCUGAGUGGACGCACCUCAUCCCAUCAUGUGACAGCGCAGGGACAGUGGCCAAAGGAACUUGCUGCUCUUGGGGGCCAGGUAUGGCCUGACCGGCCGGGCUCCUAUUUUCUCUUCACCAAUCAGGCCUGGGUAAGACGUGAGUGGGCAGACUCUCCCACCAACCCCCCCCACGCCCACUUAGGCCUUUGAUUCCCACCUAGAUGAUUUCAAGAACUCCCUACCAGUCUCCCGACCCCCCGGCACCCCC